AAAAUAAACGAACUUAAGAACCCGUUACCCUACACGGUUCCGUAUUUGUAUAAGAAAAAAUACACGAUUCCGUAUCCCUGUGUUGACUCUAGCAUAAAAAAAACUAUUAUGUCAAAGGUCACAUCACAUCUCAUCAAACGAUAUUUUAUUCUUUCCGCAAUAUAUGACGAAAAAAAUAGCAAAAAUAAUUAAAAUUGCAACAACCAAAAACUCCUCUCUUUAAAUACACACCUCAAUCCAUUUCCUUUUAGAUUAGUCGGUUAGCUAGCGGGACACAACAGCACAACCCAACACAUUCACACAAACCAUUGACGCUGUCUGUCUCUCUCUUUAAUUUCACCACCAUGAUGCAGAUCACUUCCACUUUACCGCCACACAUCUUCCAAACUACACGCGCCACUUUUACUUGUCGCGCCUCACCUUUUAACCCUUCUACUAUUAACACCACCCGAUUACACCUCUCCAACCUUGAUAAACUCCUCCGUAAACAAUCACCACCUCAACAACCAACAAUCACUCAAAACACCGACCAACCAAUUGAAAAGAAACCAAAGAACAUUCUAGAAGGACUCGACUUAUCAAAGAUAUGGUCGGAUAUGAAAACAACGGAGGAAAUGUCGCCGCGCCACCUCAAUAACCUCCAGCGCCUCCUCUCCAAGACGGCGGAGUAUUCUCCCCGGAACACGCUCGGAAGCCGAUGGAGAGAAUACCACGGCUGCAAUAAUUGGAAUGGAAUGUUGGACCCUCUCGACGAGAAUCUCCGGCGAGAGGUAGUUCGUUACGGUGAAUUUGUACAAGCCGCGUAUCACUGUUUUCACUCCAACCCUUCCAUGUCACCGCAAGAUCCACCACUACCACGCCACGUGUCACUUCCUGAUAAAUCUUAUAGAGUAACUAAAAGCCUAUAUGCCACGUCAUCAAUCGGGUUGCCUAAGUGGGUCGAUGAAAUCGCUCCGGAUCUCGGGUGGAUGACCCAACGAUCCAGUUGGAUCGGAUACAUCGCGGUUUGUGACGACAAAAGAGAGAUAUCGCGUUUGGGAAGGAGAGAUAUUGUUAUAUCUCUUCGCGGAACUUCCACGUGUCUUGAAUGGGCUGAAAAUAUGAGGGCCCAAUUAAUUGAAAUAGAAGCCCAACAAGGAAAGCCUAAAGUUGAGUGUGGGUUUCUUAGCUUAUAUAAAACAAAAGGAACUCAAGUUCCGAGCUUAGCUGAGUCGGUGAUCGAAGAAGUGAAGCGGCUCAUGGAAGUUUACGAAGGUGAAACACUUAGCAUAACGGUAACAGGUCAUAGCCUCGGCGCGGCGCUGGCUUUAUUGGUAGCUGAUGACGUUAGUACUUGUAGUCCAAACGUGCCACCCGUGGCCGUUUUUUCCUUUGGUGGACCCAAAGUUGGUAACAAGGCCUAUGGGAACAAAAUGACAUCACAAAAUGUGAAAGUUUUGAGAAUUGUUAACUCACAAGACGUGAUCACUAGAGUUCCUGGCAUGUUUGUGAGCGAAGAGUUUGAACAAAAAUUAAGAAGUUCAAAUGUUGGUGGUGUUGUUGACAUUUUGGUUGACAAAACCCCGUUGGCUUAUUCGCACGUUGGAGUUGAGCUACGUGUGGAUACCAAGAUGUCUCCGUUUUUGAAGCCGGAUGCUGACAUGGCAUGUUGUCAUGACUUGGAAGCUUACCUACAUUUGGUGGAUGGCUUUUUGGCUUCUAAUUGUCCUUUUAGAGCUAAUGCCAAAAGAAGCUUGGCUAGGUUAAUGCAGGAUCAAAGUUCUAACGUAAAGAAAUUGUAUACUAGUAAGGCUAAAUCAAUGAGUGUGAAUAUUGAAAGACAACGAUCUUUCUCGAUCUCUGGUUGUUUGCCUAGUCCUUCAUAAAUAUUGAAUAUGAACAUGGAUAAGGUGGUUUUGUAUAGAGUAAAUAUCUAAUUUAAUUCUAUCAAUUUAGUCUCUCAUUUUACCAAUAUUUAUU